AUGUCUUUCGAAAGAAUGAGACAGAGUUUCAAAUCCUUCUUAGGUUUAAAUGCUAGUCCAUAAAUUGAUUAAUCAUCUUAAGUAUCCAUUCCUCAAGAACUUAAAUCUUCAAACUCAUAAUGCAUCAUCAAAAACAAAUUUGUUCAAAUUGAAAAAAAACAAGAACGUCUUAAUCCUUAUAAGAAAUCUCUUAUACGUUUAAAUGAAUAUUACAAAACUAUUGUCAAAGGAACUGAUUUCUCUAAAUGUCCAACCAUCCAAUAUUAAAUUAAUGAAGAUGAAGUAAUUUUGCAUUCUAUUAACUUUUCAAGAAACCUGCAAUUGAUCAUAAAACAUGUAACCCAAGAUGGAAGAGGGAAGAUUAAUCUUAAGAUUGCUCAUCAUAUAGAUGGAGUUCAUAUAAUGAAUUCCCUAAUCCAACUAUAUAUAAAAUUUAAUCUAAACCAACUAAAAAUUAAGUUUAUGAUCCCUCAAUACUCUCCUAAUCAAGAGAAAAAUAGGCAUCAAUCAACUUUUAAAAGAAAUAAUUUCUAUCUUAUUUAGAAGAUAAACCUAUUAGUGUAAUUAAUGAGAUUCAUCCAAUUGAAGACAAAAAGAAAAAGUCAUCAUAAAUUUCAAUUAGAAGAGCUGAGAGUUUCCUCUUUGAUGAUCAAGAAGAACCUAUAUAUGAAAAAGGAAGAUAGGCUGUUUAAAAAUCAGAUAACACAAUUAAACCAAAUGAGGAAGAUAAUCAAAGUGCAUCUGAAAAUAUUGUAAUAAAGAAAUAACCAUUAUCAAAAUUUUGUUAAAUAAAAAAAUAAGAAUUUGAAUUUAAUCCAAAAAUUGAAACACCUAAUUCUUCAAUCCUAAAUAAAGAAGAAUAAUAAAAACCAUUAAUUCAAUAAUAAUAAAAUAUAAUUAAAAUUCCAGAUGAAUAAAUAUAAUAAUAAUAAGAACCUAUUUAAUAAAAAUAAUAAGAACCACCUAUAGAAGUUAAAUAAGAACCUAUCAUUCAAUAAAAAACAGAACCAUUACCAUAAUCAUUACCAUUAACAUAAUAAUCUGUCAUAGAAGUUAAUCCCUUUACUUCUAAUAUAGAAAGUCCUCUAUUUAGUGCACCUUGGAUAACUAAUUAAUAACCCAUUAUAUCUUAAAAUUAAUCAACAUUUAAUCUAUUUCAAUCAUAACCAAUAUAAAAUUAAUUUCAAACUCCUUUUAUUACAUAAUAACCAUAAUAAUAACCUGUUUUCCCAUUUUAAAAUUAAACACAACCAUAAUAAAGUGUAUUUACUAAUGAAAACUUUUUCUCUUAAUAAAUUUAACCAUCCUCAAAUCAAUUUAUGAAUAAUUAAAUUAGUUAGAAUGUCUUUAAUUAAAACAAUUCAUUCUAAACUUAAUCACCAUUUACAUAAAAUCAACCCUUUUAAUAAAGUUAAUCAUAUUCUAAUGAUUUAUUUGGAUUGAAUCAAUCAAAAACUAUUAAUAAUAAUAAUAAUAAUUUCUUAUUUUAAACUAAUUCUUUGGGAGGAGGAUCAUUUUCAGCUGAUGAUUAAAAUAAACCACGUACCAUUGAUUUAUUUUCAGCAUAACCAGCUCAAAAUUCAUAAACAUCUAUGAUGACAAGUCAGGCUCCAGCUAAUUUAUUUGCUUUAGAUCAAAAUAGUCAAGCAUAACCACAAACUAAUAAAGAAUCUGAUAGAUAUAAAAACAAAUUUAAAUAAAAUACUGUUAAAUAUAAUACUGCUGCAUAAAGAAUGGAAUGA